AUGGCUCAAUCUCUGUUAUUCACAGUGAAGAGACAAGCCCCUGAAUUCGUAACUCCAUCGAAACCAACACCUCAUGAAAUCAAACUUCUCUCAGACAUUGAUGACCAAGAUGGGUUACGUUUUCAAAUUCCAGUCAUACAGUUUUACAAGUACGAUCCAAAUAUGGCAGGGAAAGACCCUGUUGAUGUUAUUCGAAAAGCGCUUGCGGAAACGCUUGUGUUUUAUUAUCCAUUUGCAGGGAGAUUGAGGGAAGGUCCUGGUAGGAAACUUAUGGUGGAUUGUAAUGAAGAAGGUGUUUUGUUCAUUGAAGCUGAUGCGGAUGUUGGUUUGAAGGAUUUUGGUGAUGCUCUUCAGCCUCCUUUUCCUUGUUUGGAAGAGCUUCUUUUUGAUGUUCCUGGAUCUUCACAAGUGCUUAAUACUCCAUUGAUGCUUAUUCAGGUAACACGACUAAAUUGCGGCAGUUUCAUUUUUGCGCUUCGUGUAAACCACACAAUGUGCGACGCAGCGGGUCUAACUCAAUUCAUGAGCGCCUUAGGCGAAAUAUCUCGCGGAAUGAAAGAACCUUCAAUUCCACCGCUGUGGGGCAGAGAGCAUCUCAAUGCAAGAAACCCACCAAGAGUAACAUGUACUCAUCGCGAAUACGAACAAAUACCCGACCCCAAAGGAACCAUUAUCCCCUUAGACGACAUGGCUCAUCGCUCUUUCUUCUUCGGCCCGACCGAAGUAGCCGCAAUCCGCGCUUAUCUUCCGUCUCACCAACAAAGACGUUCUAAUUUUGAAAUUCUAACCGCGUGUCUAUGGCGUUGUCGCACAAUCGCGUUACAGCCGGAUGCGGACGAAGAAGUUCGUAUAAUCUGCAUAGUUAAUUCACGAAGCAAAUUUAAUCCACCUUUGCCAAAAGGUUUCUACGGUAAUGCUUUUGCAUUUCCCGUAGCUGUUACAACCGCGGGAAAACUAAUAAAAAAUCCAAUGGGAUAUGCAUUGGAGUUGGUUCAAAAAGCCAAAGGUGAUGUCACUCAAGAGUAUAUGCAUUCGGUUGCGGAUUUAAUGGUUCUCAAGGGUCGACCUCACUUUACCGUAGUGAGGUCGUUUCUUGUGUCUGAUGUGACACGCGCCGGAUUUGGAGAAGUUGAUUUUGGUUGGGGAAAAGCUGUUUAUGGAGGACCAGCAAAAGGUGGAGUUGGUGCUGUUCCUGGUGUUGCUAGCUUUUAUAUACCUUUUGUAAAUGGUAAAGGAGAGAAAGGUUUGGUUAUUCCAGUUUGUUUGCCAGCUCAAGCUAUGGAGAGGUUUGUUGAAGAGUUGGAUAGUGUGCUUAAGAAUAACAUUGUUAACAAACCUACUAAGAGUGGUGUAGGAUCUUUCAUUACUUCUUCUUUGUAG